AGAGAAAGCCUCGAAGAGACAUGGGAUCUGAUAAACAACAGAUGAGAGAGAAAGCUCGAAGAGACAUGGGAUCUGAUUUCUCUGUCGGUCAACCGGAGCUCUACCGGCAACACUUACACCAACACUGUGCUCAACUGCCUUCGAAGAGUCCAGCCCAGCCUCCAUGCCUCCAUGACGUCCGACGACCAGUGUCGAAUUAGGAUAUGGAUCAUGGAUACAUGACGAAAUAGGACAUGAAUCUUUGCUUUAUUUGGUGGAAUCCUGCUGAAGUUAUGACAUAAAGAUGGAAAUUGAAAAAUAAUCAAAUCCAGGAUUUGAGCAUCUAAAAGCAAGAACCUACUAUUUUGUGAUUGUCUCCAAAUUAAGUUUUACAGAAUUACAGGUCUGGUGCUUUAAUGGGUUUGAUGAGAGAGGAAGAAUUCGCAGAAGAGGAAGAAGAAAGAGAAUGGAGCAGAAGGGCAAAAAUGACAGAGAAAAAAAUUUAUCAAUUAAAGGAUUUCUUUUCUGCUGCCAGAUGACACAUGGCAGUGUGGUGUUAGACCCAGACGCUCCCUGCGCGUGUAUCCAGCAUUCCCCUUCCAUUAAAGUAUGGGAUUCUUUCCCACCUAUUAUGAUGCAAAGCGAUGUGAUACAUAUGGACAUAUGGUACCACCUCCGAUGUCGGUCAGAGAAAUGAGAGAAUCAGAAGUUUUGAAAAAAGAGAGAGAACAUAAAAAGAGCCAGGGACACGUUAGCAAGGGCACGUGUCCUGACACCGCUGGUCACAGGUUACUAUAAAGUGUUGCUUGCCUGCCGGCUAGUCGAAAAAAUCUCACUGCACAUACAGCGAUUAGCAAUCUGGUUGAGAAUGGUAUUGUUGACGUCGUCGGAGGCGAAGAUCCGGAAGGUGUUGGGAUUGGGAUACUGGGUGCAGGGCUUCAGGUGCUUCCCAUGGUUGGCCGUCAACUUCUUCCUUAAGGACGGACUCCAAGUGGACUCCUCCACUCUCCAGCUCCUCCAGAACUCCGCCAAUCUACCCAUGGUCGGAAAGCCCCUUUACGGUCUCGUUUCCGACGCCAUCUACAUUGCUGGCCAGCACCGCAUUCCCUAUCUCGCCCUUGGCGCGUUCUUACAAGCAGUGUCAUGGUUGGCUAUAGCAAUCCUCUCCCAAUCAGGCAUCUCAAUUAGCGCUAUGACCCUAUAUCUCCUCCUCAGUAAUUUGGGUGCUUCAAUUGCUGAGGUUGCCAAUGAUGCCAUUGUUGCAGAGGCAGGAAAACAGCCUGCUUCCUCCAAAAAUCCACAACCAUCAUCCUCGGGCGAGCUUCAGUCUUUUGUUUGGAUGUCUUCAGCAGUGGGUGGAAUCCUAGGAUUUCUCCUAGGUGGUAUUGCCAUCGACAGAUAUGCUCCCCAGAAGAUGUUCCUGUUCUAUGGCUUUCUCCUCAGUGUUCAGUUUUUCAUAAGCAUUCUUGUCAAGGAGAGCUCUAUGAACCUUCCCAAGAGAAGAUCUGAUGUUGGAAUCCGAGAGAAGCUUUCCGAGCUGUCAAUUGCAUUAAGAAAACCUGAGAUUGCUUACUCAAUUACAUGGUUUGCAGCAUCAUAUGCCAUUAUUCCAUCAUUAACAGGCACGAUGUUCUUUUACCAGACACAAUAUUUGAAUAUUGACUCAUCGGUGUUGGGAAUCUCAAAGGUGUUUGGCCAGGCGGCAAUGCUUCUAUGGAGUGUCAUCUAUAAUCGUCACCUGAAACCGGUAACACCGAGGAAACUAAUUUCAGCCAUUCAGGUUACCAUGGCUUUAUUUAUGAUUUCUGAUGCGUUGUUUGCAAAUGGGUUUUACCGGAAUAUGGGGCUGUCAGACAAUUUUUACAUCGUUAUAUUUUCUGGCCUCUCAGAGGUUCUCUUGUUUAUUAAGAUUCUGCCCUUCAGCAUUCUUGUAGCCAAGCUCUGCCCACCGGGAUGCGAGGGAUCUCUAAUGGCAUUUGUAAUGUCUGCAAUAGCAGUUGCGUUGAUUAUGAGCGGAUAUCUAGGUAUUGCGCUUGCAUCUUAUGUUGGGAUCACAGGAAAUGAUUUUUCAGGGCUUCCGCUUGCCCUCCUAAUACAAGCAUUUCUCACACUCUUGCCACUCUAUUGGUCAUCAUGUAUCCCUAUCCUUGAAUCGGAACCUGAUCAUGUAAAAGCAAAACCGAGUAGCAAGAAGGAAUAGCGGAAUCGGGGUUGUGCCCCUAUUCAUGUUUGGUUUGGUAUUUUAGGCUUUUGUACAUUGCUUUGUACAUUAUGCAAGGGCUCGCCCUUACCACUAGAUAAUCUGUAUAACUUAUAGAGGACACUUUCAAAUUUGGAAGGAUCUUUCUUGUACUUGUAUAUUCUUUAGUUUUGUUUUGCUCAUGAAUCUACAAAAUAAAGUUUAUGUUUUA